GUGACAGUUUUCCUGAAAUGAGUUUUCGUUACGGGCAGGGUUAUCAGGGACCAACAGGAGGGGGUUAUUUCCCAGGAGGGCAGCCCCCCCCAGGGGACCCAUACAGAGGAGGGGCUCCCCCCGGAGGUCCUGGGGGUCACUACGGGGGAACAGCACCCCCCUCUGGACCAGGGAGCCAGUAUGGGGGGUCUGCACCCCCACCUGGUGGACAUUACCCUGGGGGUCCCACACCCAGAGCCCCCUAUGGGUCAUAUGGUCCAGGUCCUGGGGGACAGUAUGGAGGAGGAGGGGGAGCUGCCCCUGGGGCGACCUACGGAGGGGGAGCACCAGCAGGCGGGGGACAAUUUGGAGGUGCCCCUGGCACGCCUUAUGGGGGAUAUGGGCAACACCAUGGCGGACCUUAUGGGCAGCAGGCACCUGCAGGCAAUAUUCCUCCAGGAGUGGACCCUGAGGCUUUCCAGUGGUUCCAGUCUGUGGACACAGACCACAAUGGCUCCAUCACUCUGAAGGAGCUCAAGCAGGCUCUGGUUAACUCCAACUGGUCGGCCUUUAACGAUGAGACCUGCCUCAUGAUGAUCAACAUGUUUGACAAGACCAAGACGGGGAAGAUUGACGUCUUCGGCUUCUCCGCCCUGUGGACGUUCAUGCAGCAGUGGAGGGCUCUGUUCCAGCAGUUUGACCGCGAUCGCUCUGGAAGCAUCAACACCAAUGAGCUGCACCAGGCCUUGUGCCAGAUGGGGUACAACCUCAGCCCGCAGUUUGCGCAGAGCCUGGUGUCUCGAUACGGGGGCAGGGAAGCCCAGGGCGCCGUCCAGCUGGACCGCUUCAUCCAGGUGUGCACGCAGCUGCAGAGCAUGACGCAGGCGUUCCGGGAGAAGGACACGGCCAUGACGGGCAAUGUGCGCUUGAGCUAUGAGGACUUCCUCUCCAGCACCAUCGUCAGGCUGAUGUGAGCACCCGGCUGCCCCGCCCUCAGACCCUCACACACAGGAGGGACGGGACCAGAGGGGGACCCAACCCCCCCGCUCUUCGGCAGCGGGCUGGCCGCAUGCAGCCAUGCUUCUGCUGCCUGGGGUUCAGACGCCCAUGUGCUUGGGGAAGACAUUGCUAGCCGAGCUCAGAGUCCUUACGCGCUUUGAGAUUGGGCACUCAGGCAACACCUGCUCCCUGUUGUGUCAUGUUAGAAAACUGUGGCAAGAGUUCUGCCUCUUUUUCUUUAAAUAUGAUACCGGUAGAGCUUAAAAAAAAACAUUUUCAUGCUUGUUUGCCCUAAACCAUGGGUGUCAGUCUCAUUUCCUGGACGGUUUAGUGUCCUCUGGUUGGUGUUCCAACCUUAUACAGUCAGUUAUACAGUUCACCUAAUUAUAUUCUUUCUUAGACAUAUAUAGGUUGUUUCUUAAAGCCUUUCAUGAUUGAUGGCUCAAGACAUUCAUUUCAUUGAAAGUACCAAUACCUGUAAAACACUGUAGUGUUAGGUUAGAAGUAACUGAAUGCAAAAGUAACAGGUGGAACACAAACCAGAAGACACUAGAUUCUACAGGUAGUAGGUUUGACACCCCUGCCCUAAACCUUUCAGUUUUAACAGUAUAAUGAUGGAAGAUGGCCAUGUCCACACUUGCUUUUUUGCAGGAAGUUAUCAACACCCAUGUGCUUUUUGAUACGUGGGUUUUAACAUGGGAAUGAAUCCUGAGAUCCAAAUCUCUACAAUUAUGGCCCAAAGAUUUACUUAAGUUAUGCAACAUAAAGUAGAUGGCAAAAUCUUAUUAAAAAGCAUAUGUUUAUAAUGUCUUUUUGUACCAUUUAAGUUUACAUUUGAAUUAAUAUUUUAAUUGGAGAAACUGGCAAAUGCCAUAUAGAUGAGUGUAGAUGAAUUCUAUAUCUCCCUUUAUUGUUGCAUGCAAGUGGAGUGCUUCGUCCACCCACAUUUCUUAGUUAGACUAAAACGUGCUGAACUAACCACGAGGAAUGUCCGAUUGUAAUGUCCACAUUUAUGAUAGAGGGCACGAGGAAGACUGAAAGUCGAGAUUUGAGGUGGAAUAUGAAAAAGACAAGGAGUAUGAAACAAAACCAUUUACACUGAAAUUACGGUAACAAGUGAAAAUGUUCAUAUUUAAUAUAUUUUCAGUUGUACUACAUAAUUAAUUUAAGACUUUUCAAUACCUGGCCCUGACCAGCUACUAUCACAUUACUUGGAAAAGUAUAAAAUCUCUUAGACGUUUUCUAAAACAAAACUUAAAUUCACACUUACAAUGACCAAACAUGCAUUAUAGAUAAAUGUAACAUACAAUUUUACUGUCACUGUAUGUGUAUAGGUUAAAUGUUUACAAAAUGUAGUCUGUGAUGUUUGCCAAAAUUAAGAAAAUCACUAAUAUAAAACCUAAAUUGUUUUAGUGCCUCAUAAUUCAAUUACUCCGUGUGUAUUUGGCUUGUGUACUGAUUUGUAAAACUCGGUAAUGGUGAUUUUAAAAAAUUUUGUAAAGGAAUUUUCAAAAGGAAAACAUUUUAUCAUAUACAUCUAAAAUGACUUAACAAUGAGGAAAGACUCUGGAUUAUAUGCAUUGUUGUCAUAGCUUUAAUACUGCUAACUCGACUGCCUGACCCAGUUUCAGCAUGUUAUUUUUUACUGAAUACUUAAACUGCAGAGCUGAUUUUGAUAUUGUUUUACUCCGUUGAUCGACUUUCAUUAGGUUGGAUCUAAUAGUCAGAAAAAAAGGAUAGGUUUUUGAUUAUUCCAUUUUCAAAUACUGUGAAAGCGCUGACGUGCCUGUUGCUUUCAGCUGGGAGUUUUGUCAAGCAGGGUAGCCUGGAACGACAGUCACAUUUUUUCUGGUGCCGGUCGAGCCAGUUUCUCAGUUUGUUUUGGUGACUUCACAUAAUUAUUUUGAGCACUUCAGCUGUAAAAUAUAGAUCCCUGAUUUAAAUGAGAAAGUAUACAGACAGAGGAAAUGAACCCGAUCAAGCAUGAGGACUGUUUUCUAUAAAAUACUCAAAAUCUCUUCUUGUAAAAUGAUGUGCCAUAAUGUAUAUGCAUUUAUCAAAUAAAGCUUUUUUUUAAGACAAA